AUGUCGUACAUGGCCACCGGCUUCUACCACAUUGGCUACGCCCAAGUCUCGCUCAUCUUUGUCGGGCAGGCCAUUGGCUUCAUCGUCGCCGCCGUGUUCCUCGACAGCCUGCGGCAGCGCCUCGGGCACGCGCGCACGCUCGGCCUCGCGCAGGCGCUCAUGACGCUGGCCUACGUGCCCAUGGUCGCCGGCGCGCCGUUCCCGGUCGUCGUGCUGGCCUUUUUCCUCGUCGGCUUCGGCAUCGCCGUCAACAUUGCCAUUGCCAACACGUUCUGCGGCCGUCUUGCCCGCGGCACCUUUGUGCUCGGCUGCAUGCACGGCUGCUACGGCCUCGGCGGCGUCUUGGGCCCGCUCGUCGCCACGUCCAUUGUCGCGGCCGCCGGCGCGCCGUUUUGGACGCGCUACUACAUACUCACCAUGGCUGUCUUUGCGCUGAGCAUUGGCGCCGCUGUGUGGGCGUUUGGUGGCUACGAUGAGGAGCUGAGCCAGCGGCAGCAGCAUGAUCAUGGCGCGGAUGUGGACGCGGACGCCGGGUCGUCGUCGGCGGCGGCGGCGACGACGGGCAGCAGGAGGAGAGACGCGCUCUGGAGCAUGGUCGGCUCGCUGCGGACACGCCUCGUGCUGCUGGGCUCCAUCUUCAUCUUUUGCUACCAGGGCGCCGAGGUGUCCAUCUCGGGCUGGGUCAUUUCGUUCCUCAUCGAGGCGCGCGAGGGGCGCCCGGCGUCGGUGGGCUACGUGACGGCGGGCUUCUGGGGCGGCAUCACGCUCGGCCGCUUCCUGCUCGUGGCGCCCGCGCAGCGCAUCGGCGAGAAGAGGUACGUGUACGCGCUCGUCGUCGGCGCGCUCGUCUUUGAGCUCCUCGUCUGGCUCGUCCCCAACGUCGUCGGCAACGCCGUCGCCGUGUCCAUUGUCGGCGUCUUGCUCGGCCCCGUGUACCCGUGCGCCAUGUCCUCGUUUCUGCGCGGCAUGUCGCACAGGCAGGCUCUCAGCGACAUGGGCGCGAUUAGCGCGUUUGGAAGCAUGGGCGGCGCCGUCUGGCCGUUUGUUGUCGGUCUGCUUGCGCAGGCUGUCGACACGUGGGUUCUUCACCCGAUUGUGAUUGUGGCCUUUAUCGGCAUGUUACUAUGCUGGUUCGGCAUUCCCGAGGAGAAGAGACGAAGCGAGUAA